UUUAAACUCGACGACGGUUUUGGUGAGCUCUAGAAUUUCAACUUCCUGAUCCAUCCAAGCUUUUCUAAUUUCAGAAUCUUGCGUGGUUGUUUAAGCACAAACCAUCAGAUCCAGGAAGUCGCCCUUGCAAUUGCUUGCCCCUACAUUUAAUCCACAUAAGCAGAAGUAAGAUCCAGAACUGUACCAGCACAACAGCUUCAGAAGGCUGCUUCAGCUCAGAUUAGGAGGCCUUAUCUCCAUCUUUUGGAUGAUCCACGUACUCUCUCCCUCCCCCCUUUUCCCUGUGUGUAUGUAAUAUAUAAUAGUAAAUAGACUUUUAAUCAUUUAGUACCUUUAACUAGCUCACUCUAUUUCUCACGUUGAAUUCAAAUACCUCAUUUAUGACCAUCCAUGCUAACUUGAUUCAGAAGAGCGAAGAGAUAAGUACCUAAGGUAUGUGUUCCCCUUCGCAAAGCAGCCAUGAAAGGUGAUUGGAAAGCAGCGAAGAACAUCUUAGAGAAAGAUUGGACUCUAGUUUCUGCUGCCAUAACCAUGCGUUGCGCGACAGUUCUCCAUGUGGCCGCCGGAGUGAACCGUGCUCGCUUUGUCGACGAGCUGGUGAAGAUCAUGAAUCCAGAAGACUUGGAAUUGCAGGACGUGAAUGGGAACACUGCGUUUUGCAUCGCUGCAGCUACUGGGAAUUUGCAGACUGUCCAGAUAAUGGAGAGAAAAAAUAAGAACUUGCCAACAAUAAGGGGUUGCGGAGGAAUCACUCCUCUUCACAUAGCUGCUUUGCAAGGAAAAAGUGAAAUGACAUGGCAUCUAUACUCUAAAACUGUGCAAGAUUUUGAAGAUACUGACUGGAUUUUACUGUUAUUCUAUUGUGUCAGCAGUGGAAUCUAUGAUUUAGCCUUGCAGUUGCUUGAGAAGAUGCCAGGUCUAGCUUUUAAGAGGGAUCAAGCUAACGAGACAAUACUGCAUAAGUUGGCUCGAAAGCCUUUAGGUUCGAAACAAAGUCAGCAACUUCAACUUGUAGAAUGCUUGUGGAACAUAUUUCUUACUCGAGACGACAAGGAGAUUUUAGGCAACAGCAGAGUACCUUCACAAGUAGCAUUUAAUGCAGUAGAAGUAGGAAAUUUUGGGUUUCUGGCUGAGCUUUUAAGUACCUAUCCUGAGUUGAUAUGGGAAGUUGAUGAAAGAAAUCGAAGCAUAAUUCACAUUGCCGUUUUGCAUCGUCAUGCUUAUAUCUUUAAUCUCAUACAUGACAUUGGCCCAACCAAAAAUUUUAUAGCAAGUUUUUUGGAUAACAGAGAUCAAAGCAACUUAUUGCAUAUGGCUGCAAAAUUAGCACCACCAGAUCGACUAAACUCAAUUUCUGGAGCAGCAUUUCAGAUGUCCCUUGAGUUAUUAUGGUUUGAGGAGGAGAAGAAGAUAUCGCCACCAUCAUUCAUGGAGAUGAAAAAUGGUGAAGGCUUGACUCCUAGCCAGCUAUUCACAAAAGAGCAUGAAGGAUUGCUAAGCAAAGCAGAAACAUGGAAGAAGGGAGUAGCAAACUCUUGCAUGGUUGCUUCCACUCUUAUUACUACUGGAGUGUUUUCUGCUUCAUUCAAUAUACCAGGCGGUGUCAAUGACAAUACGGGAAUCCCGAAUUACUUGCAAAAGAAAUCAUUCCUGAUAUUUGGCACGUCUAAUGCAAUGGCAUUGAUCUCAUCCUCAACCUCCACCGUCAUUUUCUUGUCUAUCAUCAUCUCACGCUAUGCAGAGCAGGAGUUUUACAAGUCACUACCAUUUAAGUUGAUUUCUGGAUUGGCGGCACUUUUCUUGUCCAUAAUAAGCAUGAUGAUGGCAUCCAGUAGUGCCUUCUUCGUUACAUAUUAUCAUGGUUUAAACAUGGUUCCUAACUUUAUUUCUAUUCUUUUUUUGGUGCCCAUAUCCUUAUUUGCAAUUUGGCUAUUCCCAGUCUGGUAUGAUAUAGUCUAUUUUACAUACUCUUGCAGGGCACUUUUUCGGCCAAGUAAGCAUAUGCUUUACUAAAAACAGUAUGUAGUUGUCACUUUGAAUGAUGGAUCUCUUCCUAUAAUGUACUGGCAUAUAUAGUCUAAGAGUCGUGAAUUAAAAAGGAUAUUCCGCUUUUCCAUUUUAUGAUUGGAAUGCACCUCUACAUU